AUGGGCGGAAGUGAGAGUAUAAACCUGAAUACCCUUUCGCUAAAAGGUCACCCAGUCGGAACAGGACAGGUCCUGCAUCCUCCUGGUGAGGGUCCAGCGGCGGUCGGGGGAUUGGCUCUGGGUCCACACCGUCCUCCAGGUGAAGGAGAACCUCGAGAACAGCCAGCAGCCACUCAUCGUUGCCACCAACCAGGUCCUCAGUCCAUCACAGUUCUUGAAUUUCGAUCCAUACGACAUACUACAGAUGUUAUUCUAGACACGACUAUGGAUGUGUACUAUCCUGUGAAUAUUGACAGCGGUCUGGAGCCAUUGUUGCCAAGAUAUCCUUCCCAUAUUUCUGGAUCGACUCCCAAACGAGGUGCUCCCGCCUAA